CAACACGAAUGCAAAUUCGAAUAUGACCACAAAUACGAAUGCGUAUAUGAAUGGGAAUACGAAUACAAAUACGAACUCGCAUUCGAAUGUGAUUUGGAAUACGAAUACAAAUACAAAUACGAAUAUGAAUAUGAGUACGAAUACGAAUGCAAAUAUGAAUUCGAGUUAGAAGUCGAAAAGGAAUACGAAUGUGAAUACGAAUAUAAAUUCAAAUACAAUAGCAGUACCAAUACGAAUGCAAAUGCGAAUGCGAAUAUGAAUACAAACACGAAUGCAUAUAUGAAUAGGAAUACGAAUACAAAAACGCAUACAAAUAUACGCAAAAUAUAUGCAAAUACGAAUAUAAAUGAACAUGAACAUGAACACGAACAUGAACACGAAUAUGAACACGAACAUGAACACGAACAUGAACACGAACAUGCACAUGAACACGAACAUGAACACGAACAUGAACACGAACAUGAACACGAACAUGAACAUGGACAUGAACAUGAACAUGCACAUGAACAUGCACAUGAACAUGCACAUGAACAUGAACAUGAACAUGCACAGGAACAUGCACAUGAACGUGAACAUGAACAUGAACACGAACAUGAACAGGAACACGAACAUGCACAUGAACAUACACAUGAACAUGCAUAUGAACAUGCACAUGAACAUGCACAUGAACAUGCACAUGAACAUGCACAUGAACAUGAACAUGAACAUGAACAGAAACAUGAACACGAACAUGAACACGAACAUGAACACGAACAUGAACACGAACAUGAACACGAACAUGAACACGAACAUGAACAUGAACAUGAACAUGCACAUGAACAUCAACAUGCACAUGAACAUGCACAUGAACAUGAACAUGAACAUGCACAUGAACAUGCACAUGAACAUGCACAUGAACAUGCACAUGAACAUGAACACGAACAUGAACACGAACAUGAACAUGCACACGAACAUGCACAUGAACAUGAACGUGCACAUGAACAUGAACAUGAACACGAACAUGAACACGAACAUGAACAUGAACAUGAACAUGAACAUGCACAUGCACAUGAACAUGCACAUGAACAUGCACAUGAACAU